CGAUUUCCGCCAUGAACCGAGCGCGCACUGAACCACAUGUGCUUCACAUGCUCAGUUACACUUGUUCCGCGUUCAGUUCAGUGUACUGUGUGCGCUGACAGGACACACGGCGCUUUUAAAAUUACACUAGUUUAACGGACAGCAAAAAUGCCUACGGCAAACCUUUUACGGCCAACGUUGGUCGUCCUGUUUGUGGUGGUGAUACUUUCUCUGCUCCUGCCUGCAAAAGCGCACGAUCCAUCAUUUGCCUUGCUGGAUUGUCCACCAGAAUGUAUGUGCGAUAGAGCGUCCAAAUCGCCAACACCGGAUUACGCUGAAGAACCGGUGACUUCCGACGACAUUUCCGAGCUUGAUGGUACCGUCUCAUCGUUCCAUGCACUGUGCAUGGUGGGACAAGGUGUUGGGUUCGAAAAGAUUGAAGAUCUCUUGUCGCUGGACACGACCGUGCUGAAGAUAAUAUACACAUCACAAACGGAGCAGUAUCAGUUAAAUGCCUCAAAUUUGGCUCGCUUCCAACAUCUCCGAGAGCUACACGUACAGUCGUUACAGGCUCAAAUGCUGAGUUUUUCGCUCGAUGCCGAACUGCCUGUUGUCCGACUUCAUCUCGAAUCUUUGGAGCUUAUUCGAAGUGCGCCUCCUAACGUUCUCGAUCGUACAAUGCCCUCUCUGGCGGGACUCGGUUUGCAACCCGUUGGGGGUGCUAACGCUCAAGACGCUAACGCUUAUCACGUGGUCGACGAUGAGGAGGAGGAGAUUGUGGUGGUAGGCAGUGGGUCCGAAACUCUCACGGAAACGUUCGAGCUGGAGAUCGUGCCGUACGAGGUGUAUAAGCGUGAACUAGCCAGCACAAGCAAUGUUUCAUUCUACGGAUGGACAAACCUUACCGCACUGUCCAUACACGACUGUCAGCUGGAAUCGUUGCAUCCAGACUUCCUGUACGGUCUUGAAAGUCUGAAACGCCUCUCGCUGCAGCACAACAAUCUGAAGAUACUGCCACCAUUCGCAUUUUACGGUGCUCCCAACAUGCGUUUGCUAUCGCUCGCCCGCAAUCGUUUGCUGGAGGUUAGUUACUACUCUCUGGCCGGAUUGCUCGAGCUACACGUGCUGGAUCUCUCGUCUAACAAUAUUUCCAAGAUUUCUGAGCUCACCUUCCCACCGUUUCCGAAGCUGGCUAAGCUCGAUCUGCGCCAGAAUCCGAUCGAGUAUGUGUUCGACAGUUCGUUCGCUAUUGCAAACAUGACGCGAUCGCUGUUUAUCGGCAGUGACACGGUUGGACUUCAGGUCGGAACACCCAAACCCUUCCAAGGAUUGGCCCAGAUGGAACUGCUGGAGAUUCGCAAUCUGCAACUGCCUGCACUCAAUCAGUAUCUUUUCCGAGGACUUCGAUCGCUGCGCACAUUACGCCUUCUUCAGGGUAAUAUCUCUUUCGUCGAGUACGACAGUUUUGCCGAGAUGAAGAACUUGACGGAGCUGUACGCGUCCCGCUGUUCAAUCGCAGCCAUCUCCAUGGAUGCAUUCUUCGGAGUGAAGCGCCUGCAGGUAAUCGAUCUAUCGUACAAUCUGCUUACUGAGCUGCCAGUUGGUUUGUUCGACGAGCAACUGCAACUGCUCGAGCUGUACCUGCACGGUAACAGGCUGACCCAGUUGCCGACCGAUUUCUUCCGCCGGUUGGCACCUGCCGUACAAAUCGUACGCCUGAUAGAGAAUCCAUGGCAGUGUAGCUGCUCGAUGGUACAAUGGCGCCAAGCGGCUACAAACCGGCUAAAGGUUUCCUCGUCAUCCGACAACCCGCUGGCGGCUUACGUGUACAGCAACAAACUGACGCCACGCUGCAGCGAUCCUGCCCAAGGUAUACAGAACCGCAGUGUGUACUACGUGAUCCGGAAAAAUCUUCAAUGCAACGUCGAUACCAACCGAUCGCACAAAAUUGCUUUACGCAUCAGUGAAAUGAAUCAGCGAAAGCAGCAGACACUGUUGCAGCGACGAACCUAUCAGGAUCGAGUAGUUCGCGUCCCCAUCGUAGUGCGACCGCAACAGUCAAGCACCGGUAACCCGAUACCGAACACAGGCAACGUACAAUCGUACCAGCGCCCGCAACAGUCCCUGCUGUACCAGCAAAAGCGCCAACGGCUCCUACAAAAACAGGCCAAAAGCCAACGCUAUGCGACGGCUGCAGCGAAUGUCACACAACGCGUCAUUGUAAGCAAUGAGAUAGAAUAUUAAGCCACCGAGAAUACUAAAGGUCAACUCGCUUUAGAGACGGCAUCAACAACCCUUAAGUAACUGUCGCGCACACGCACGCGCACUAGUGCACAAUAUCGUAGGAUUAAUGAUUGAGGAACUGAAAAGAAAAUACACCACAAAACCCGGUCUUGUCAGCGCUUGGUUUUAAGUUAUCGAACACA